AUGACACGAAUGGGCGCUUUGGCAUUGCGUUCAUUGCCAGCCCUGUUGGGUAAUGGCAUCCAUCGAGGUGUCAUGGUGUCUAUACGCAAUCCAAUUGAAAUGGUGGUCGCUAUUCUUUUAUUGGCGUCAUUCAGCUACUUCACACUCUACAACCUUGCUCGCACUUUUGAUAUCCUUUCCGGCACCAGCAAUACCCGGCGACGCUUAUUAUACCCGGCUACAAUUGUGUAUCCAGCAUCAUCAUCAAGGGCAUUGAAUCAUAGCAACGACUCGCUUGAAAACGCGCUUCGAAUCCACCUUAUACAAAUUGCCGUAUCUGAUCCAUCACACAAUUCAACGACCAUGGCCGAUUUGAACCAUGCCAUUAUGCAUCAAGUUACAGUACCAGAUGACAGCCAUGCAACGCGACUCCAAUUCUCGUACUCCCAAGAUUUGUGUUACCAGCCAUCUGGCAGCAACGGUUGCUCCGAACUCUCAGCAUUAACAACAACUACAAAGCGGGACAAUGACGAUGACACCAUGGUGACACUGUGGUAUGCCCUUGAUGGAACUAGCUUGUUUCGUCGCGACCUUGUUCGACAAUGGACGCACAAGAUUCAACAAUUGCCACCCAUUGGUAACCUUGUGUCUCAACAAAGCCAGGAGAAAAAAGAGAAUGUCUUGGCUUGGGCCUUUAUUAUUACCCGAAACGUGGUGCUUCGUAUCAACGAGCUUAUUGAGAUGGCCGAUAAUGUCGAUAUUAUGGUGAUACUUGUAGGGUAUCUUAUGAUGGUAUUCACCUUUGGAUCAUUGUAUAUCAACAUGCGGAGAAUGGGAUCACGGUACACGCUAGCCACCGCUGUCAUUGCCAAUGGCCUCUUUGCAUUCAUGCUUGCCCUCCUGUCGGUUCAUGUAUUAGAUGUAGAACCUUCUCCUGUUGUCUUGGCCGAAGCAGUUCCAUUUCUAGUGGUGACCAUUGGAUUUGAACGGCCCUACAAGCUUACCAAGCGUGUUAUGGAAUUCAGCAGAGAAAAGCCCUUGACAAGACAAGAUGUACAGCACACCAUUCUCCGAGCAGUGGAUACGGUUGCCUCGCCUAUUGCACGCGAUUGUAGUAUCGAGAUCAUUGUGCUUGCCUUGGGUGCCAAGUCUGGAAUUACAGGCUUACGUGAAUUUUGUUUCCUAUCGGCCAUGCUACUCGCUUUCGAUUUGGUGAUGCUGUUUACAUGGUACAUUGCUGUAUUGACACUCAAGCUUGAGUUGAGGAGGAUACGUGAGAUUAGUGGAGAAAAGGCAUCAUCAUCAGGCACCACCAGCAGCACCACAAGUGAAAUGAGCUUCAUUCGUCGUACAAUGGUUAUGGCUUUGAGCGAUGAUACCAAUGCUGGAACAGAAACGUCUCGAGAUUUUGGUCUGCAGCAGCAGAAAUCGGAUGGUUCGGUUAUUGGACGCCUUAAACUUAUUAUGAUUGUGGUAUUUGUGGCCAUGCAUGUGUUUGAAUUUUGCACAGCCUUUCAAUCUGGACCACGAGUGGAUGUAAAUGAUGAACCUGUGACACAUGUACUUUCCCAGCUUCAAGGAUUGCACAAGGCUUCCGAUGCGUCAUCACGUCCCCUGGUUGUCGAGGUGGCACCACCAUUGCUAUUCCAAGUCCCAUCUUCUCGAUUGCUAUUAGCCAAUGGCUGGAUACCAGAAUCCAUCAUUCAGUCAUUGGACACCUUAUCUGAUAUUUACGCUGUUUAUAUUCAGCACCCGGUGAUCAGCCAGUGGCUAGCGCUCGGAUUGCUUGUGUCAUUGUUCCUCAAUACGUACCUUUUCAACGUUGCUAAACAGCCCAAGCAACUUGCACCAGAACAACAAUCCAACGCCGAUAAGCAGCAUCAUCAUCAUUCAUCCACUAGAACCAGCUCGCCACCCUAUCAUCAUAUUACAAAGCGAUCGAUCGAUGAAUCCCAAAGACUACUCAAGACGACUCCUGAUACCCUUGACGAUGAGGAGGUGAUUCGACUUGUACAGGCAAAUAAAUUGGCACCCUAUUCUCUUGAAAAGGCGUUGAGGAAUUUUGAACGUGCGGCAUCCAUACGACGAUGUUUGAUAUCGCGUGCAUCAACGACAAAGACAUUGGAAAGCAGCAUACUACCACUCAAAGGCUAUGACUAUGAAAAAGUAUUUGGUGCUUGUUGCGAGAACGUGAUUGGAUACAUGCCGCUUCCGGUUGGUGUUGCUGGUCCACUAAGGAUUGAUGGCAAUGAUAUCCACAUCCCCAUGGCAACGACUGAAGGUUGUUUGGUUGCGUCGACUGCACGAGGCUGCAAGGCUAUAAACAAAGGUAGCGGAGCAAGGACCAUUGUAACAGCGGAUGGAAUGAGUCGAGGACCCUGUUUAAGUUUUCCCAAUAUCAUACAAGCGGGAGAAUGCAAACAUUGGAUCGAGAACGAGGGUAAUUUUAUUCUAACGGAGGCCUUCAACUCGACAUCUCGAUUUGCACGUUUACGUCAACUCAAAGUGACAUUGGCUGGCAAGCUCAUUUACGUGCGGUUUACAACAACGACUGGGGAUGCGAUGGGAAUGAACAUGAUAUCCAAAGGAUGUGAAAAAGCCCUCAGCGUGCUUGGUGAGCACUUUGGCGACAUGCAAAUCGUAUCGUUGUCAGGCAACUAUUGCACCGAUAAAAAACCAGCAGCUAUCAAUUGGAUCGAAGGACGUGGUAAAUCGGUUGUUGCAGAAGCUGUGAUCCCGGGAUCAGUGGUUGAGAAGGUGCUCAAAACAACCGUGGGUGCGAUUGUGGAACUCAACAUCAGCAAGAAUCUAGUGGGCUCGGCUAUGGCUGGUUCCGUGGGUGGUUUUAAUGCACAUGCUGCCAACAUCCUUACAGCCAUCUACCUUGCAUCGGGCCAAGACCCUGCACAAAAUGUCGAAAGCAGUAAUUGUAUUACACUUAUGGACGCUGUCAACGAUGGGAAAGAUUUACAUAUCACUUGUACGAUGCCUAGCAUUGAAGUGGGCACGGUGGGUGGUGGCACAAUGCUUCCGCCUCAGCAGGCGAUCCUUGAUAUGCUCGGUGUUCGAGGUCCUCAUCCGACUAUUCCAGGCAACAAUGCUCGCUAUCUUGCACGUAUCGUUUGUGCUGCAGUUAUGGCUGGUGAAUUAUCUCUAUGUGCUGCUUUGGCAGCGGGUGAUCUUGUCAAGGCACAUAUGGCACAUAAUCGUGCUAGCAAUAGUACUCCUCCUUCUUGUAUCAAAUCUUGA